GACGCACGCAUCAUCAGCCCUGUGCGUGUCGUGGUGCGUGUACAGCUCUUUGUACUGCUGCCGUUUAGCUCCGGGUUUUCAAGAAUUUAAAGGUGUUGAUUAGUGUUCCAUUGCAGAUAUCGGAUUCGUUUCCUUUCACCGACACGCACGAUGGGGAAGCGUCAGCAUCAGAAGGAUAAAAUGUACAUCACAUGUACAGAAUAUACACACUUCUACGGAGGGAAGCGAACAGUUAUCCCCCAAGCUAACUUCAGACGUCUUCCCUUUGAUCACUGCAGCUUAUCGCUUCAACCGUUUGAAUACCCAGUCUGCACCAAAGAGGGCCAUGUCUUUGACCUACUGAGCAUUGUACCUUGGAUAAAAAAGUAUGGUACAAAUCCAAUCACAGGGGAGAAACUCGAAGCAAAUUCCCUUAUCAAGCUGAACUUCACCAAGAACAAUGAUGGAAAGUACCACUGUCCUGUUAUGUACAACAUCUUCACUAAUAAUUCCCACAUUGUUACAAUCAAGGUCACGGGCAAUGUCUUCUCUUAUGAGGCAGUGGAACAGCUUAAUAUCAAAACAAAGAGUUUUAAAGACCUGCUGACAGAUGAACCUUUUACCAGACAAGACAUUAUUGUACUUCAGGAUCCUACAAAUUUGCACAAGUUCAAUGUAUCUGACUUCUUCCAUGUAAAAAACAAUUUGAAGGUCUUGGAUCCAGAUGAAGAAAAGGCAAAGCAGGAUCCAGCAUAUCACCUGAAAAGCACCAACUUGGAGACCAGAGAGACCCUAGCUGAGCUUUAUAAAGAAUAUAAAGGAGAUGAGCUGCUAGCAUCCACAAUGAAGGAACCAGCUGCCAAGAAAACAGACAAGUUCAACGCUGCUCACUACUCCACAGGCAGAGUAUCUGCAUCUUUCACAUCCACAGCCAUGGCUCCUGCCACUGUACAUGAAGCCGAUGCCAUUGCAGAUGAUACUUGCCGGUACCAGUAUGUGAAGAAAAAAGGCUAUGUCCGUUUACACACAAAUAAAGGGGACCUGAAUCUUGAGCUUCACUGCGACAAGAUUCCCAUAGCUGGAGAAAACUUUAUUAAACUUUGCAAAAAAGGUUACUACGACGGCACAGUGUUUCACAGGUCCAUCCGCAAUUUUAUGAUCCAAGGUGGGGACCCUACAGGCACCGGGACAGGAGGAGAGUCCUGCUGGGGAAAACCAUUCAAAGAUGAAUUUAAACCAAAUAUGUCACAUGCUGGUCGUGGCAUUUUAAGUAUGGCCAACUCUGGACCAAAUACCAAUAAAUCUCAGUUUUUCAUCACCUUCCGUUCGUGCACGUACCUGGACAGAAAACACACUGUAUUUGGAAGGGUUGUGGGGGGAUUUGAGACUCUAACAGCCAUGGAGAAUGUGGAAAGUGACCCUAAAACAGACAAGCCAAAGGAGGAGAUUAAGAUCCUUACAGCAUCAGUGUUUGUGGACCCCUAUGAAGAGGCUGAUGCUCAGAUUGCUGCAGAACGGGAAAAGGAGCUUCGAAGGCUGGAGGAGGAGAAACAGGCCUGUAAUCCUACCAAAACCAAGGAGAAGAAUGAGCCAAAGGUCUUCAAACAAGGAGUGGGCAAAUAUAUCAACCCAGCCACAGCAAAACGGACAAUUGAAGACGACAGUGGACCCUCCACCAGUACAUCCUCAGCCAAGAAGCCCAAAAUCAGAGGCACUUACGGAGACUUCAGCUCUUGGUAGCAAAAUAAUAUUGACCAAUUACAUGAACUGGACAUCCACAAGAUGUUUUUUUUUUGUUUUUAUACAAUUGACUAUAUGUGUUGAAAUACUUUUACUAUGUCAUUAGUUCCUGACUUUGUCACUAGUUCAGAGAUAAAUAAAUAUCUGAAUAUCAUCA